AUGUGCGCUGUGCACGGGUUUAGACAAACACAGCUGCACAAUGCUCCUAAUGCUCUACUCCACGCACAAAUAGACAAAACUAUGGACUCAUGCAACGUCAGUGACCCUGUUACCAGGGCUCGAAAGACGAUUGUCGUCAUUUUGGGACCGACAGCAACAGGGAAAACAGAUGCAUCCAUAGAGGUCGCCAGAGUGCUUAAAGAAAACAACAUAAAAGCUGAAGUUGUAAAUGCAGAUUCCAUGCAAGUAUACGACGGUUUUGAUGUCGGUACGGCAAAGCCGACGCAGCAACAGAUGGAAAGGGUGAAACAUCACCUUUUCGGAUACGUUCCACCCACCACGGACUACAACGCAGCCAAAUAUGUAGCAACAGCGUCACAGCUGAUAGAACAGAUGCACGAUAAUGGCAUUCUGCCAAUACUGGUUGGCGGGACAAAUCUCUAUAUCGAGGCUCUUUUAUGGCCGUCAGUCAUAGACUUGGAGGGCAAAGAAGCAGAGUGUAACAACGAUCCGUAUCAAGGUAUUCCCGUGCACGCCGCCACUAAACACCCUCUAGAGUACGACAAUGCCGAGUUGUAUGACCAACUUACUGCAUUGGACCCGCAAAGAGCUGCAGUGCUUCACCAAAAUGAUCGCAAGAGAGUAAUCAGGAGCCUCGAGGUAAUAAACCUCUACGGCAUCAAACAUAGCGAACUUAUCAAGAGGCGUCUCGAGGUUAAACAGAAAUCUGGCCCAAAGUAUGACGCACUUAUUUUCGCGAUGAUCUGUGAUCCAACUGAACACAAGAAAAGGAUAAAAGAAAGGGCGCGCAAGAUGCUUCAGGAUGGGAUUAUAGAUGAGUGCAAAAAUCUCAUGAGCAUCAUGGGUGCGUUGAAAUAUUUCAGACAACUCUUAAACCAUGCAGCAUACAAGGAAAUCAUUCCCAUUCUCAAGCAAACGGAGGACAACGGCGCUGAGUUGGACGAUGCUACUAUCCAGCGCUGUGCCGAUGCACUCGAAACGGCAACGUGGCAAUAUGCCCGUCGCCAAAUGACUUGGAUUAAGAACCGUUUCAAAGCUGACUCUGGUCUGAAUACCAUACUUCUUGAUACUACAGGUAUGUGGAAUUCAUCGCAGACAACAUUUGUUCUCUAG